GUGCGUGGCCGGGCAGGGAGGGGGAGGAAGGGGCAGGGCAUCCUGCGGGGGAACGGCCCGUUCCCCGCCGGCCCGCGCCCGGCCCCGAGGGCUUUGUGGCGGCCCCGUGCCCUGCGGCGGCCGAUGCCCGCACAAGCCGCCGCUGCCGAGCGGCGGAGCUCGGCGUGGUCAGGCCGCCUUGCUGCCUGCGCUUUGUUUGUGCCGUGCUGGCCGCAGAAGUUUCGGGCCGGGGUUGAAGGGGGACAAGAAAUAGUUGUUGACCAGAGCGUUGUGACGCUGGUGCAUAUAGGGCUUUGAGUGAGAUUCGCAGCAGCGGGAAUAGAAAAGGGUACUCCCGCUUCCUCAGCUGGGACGUGCAAAUGGAUGUGAUCUUCGUGGUGAGCUGGUGGGAGAAUUGAGUUGUAAAUCACCCCAAUGGAUGCGGACAGUGAUGUUGCACUGGACAUUUUAAUCACAAAUGUAGUGUGUGUUUUUAGAACAAGAUGCCAUUUAAACUUGAGGAAGAUUGCUUUAGAGGGAGCAAAUGUGAUAUACAAGCGUGAUGUUGGGAAGGUUUUAAUGAAGCUUAGGAAACCUAGGAUUACGGCCACAAUUUGGUCCUCAGGAAAAGUUAUUUGCACAGGAGCCACAAGUGAAGAAGAAGCUAAAUUUGGUGCCAGACGGCUAGCUCGUAGUCUACAGAAACUGGGUUUUCAGGUAAUUUUCACAGAUUUUAAAGUUGUGAAUGUUUUAGCAGUGUGCAACAUGCCCUUUGAGAUCAGAUUGCCAGAAUUUACGAAGAAUAACAGACCUCAUGCGAGUUAUGAACCAGAACUUCAUCCUGCCGUGUGUUACAGAAUAAAAUCUCUCAGAGCUACCUUACAGAUUUUUUCCACAGGCAGUAUCACAGUUACAGGGCCAAACGUAAAGGCUGUUGCCAGUGCUGUGGAACAGAUUUAUCCAUUCGUGUUUGAAAGCAGGAAAUAAAUUUUGUAAUUCACCACUUGAUGGUUAGGUUCCCUAACCAAGCACCUUCAAAGACUGCUGCACAUUGGACUAAAAGCAAAAAGGAAAACUGGACCAACCAUAGCAGAGGAAUACAGACUCUUUUACUUGCUCAUGGCCACAGUAUAGACUUCAGUUCUUUUGGAUUUUACUCUUAACAGUGCUGUAUUGUAAAAACGGAAGUUUACAAGAUAUGAAAUUGCUGCUUUUAAAAAGACAUUCUAUUUAUUUUUGCAGUAAUUUCUGUGUAUUCAUAAGCAAAGCUGUCACGAUGUGCACUACUUUUAAGACCUUUUUUUUUAGCUUGAGCUUGUGUUUUAUUUGUGAAUAGUCUUUUACAUUUUUGUAUGCUGAAUAUUGGGCACCAAAGAAGCUGUAAAAGUUACCUUUUUCACCUGAUGAAUGUGCACAAAUAAAAGUUUGGAAAAUAUUUCUCUUCA